AUGACGACAAUCAAUUCUCCUCCACAGGAUGUUAAGAUGGAGGGUAAUAAUCGUUCAACACCUUCGGUAAUAGGGGAGAAUGAGGAACCAAAGUUUGGAGGUUUCACGAGGUUUGAAAUUGAACUUGAGUUCGUAAAUGCCAUCUCCUCACCCUUUUACUUAAUGCACCUGGCCUCCUUGUCCUCCGGUACUCUACUCAGCUCUCCACCCUUCAUUGCCUACCUCAAAUACCUCCAAUAUUUCACACAACCUCCAUAUCUCAAGUUCCUCACAUAUCCCGGACCUAGUCUCAAACACUUGGAAUUAUUACAAAAUGAAAAUUUCAGGAGGGACUGUUUGAGCAUCGACGUGGUGAGUAUGCUUGCCAGUGAGGAUUUGGCGGCGGUGGAGAGGUGGAGUAGGGAAUGA